CUCGGUUCCAGCAUGGGCCUACCGGUGUCGGCAGUGUUGAGCACAAUUGAUCAGCCGUCUCUUGGGCAGUCAUCGAUGCAUGAUUUGGGAGAUGGCCAACAACACGAACAGUACUGGCGACAAUGA